AUUUUGAAUAACAACGUUUGAUGGACUAGCUUAUAUGACUUAUUUUACUGCUGGUGAUUAUUACAGAAGCCGUGGCAACCAAAAUGGCGUCUGUGGUUGCGUGGGUCUGUUGCGUUUAUUUCGUUUAUGUUCUGAUUACUUAGAUUUUCUAUGAGUGAUGUGGUACUAUUCUGAACCAAAUUAACAUUUACAUAAGAUAAUAAGAUAGGGAUUCUUUAUGAAUUAUUGAUUCUUUAGGAAUGGGAUCAAAAAAGCACAAGAAACAUAAAUCUGACAAACGAGAUCGAUACGAAGAUAAACAGUUUGGAGUUGAGAAACCGCCUGCGCUUAAGCUAAUCCUGAAGGUUGGUAGCUCAUCGACUCCAGAACACAGUAGCGAUUCUCCAGGUCCGUCAAUUCCUCUAGUACACUCGAACAACUAUAGUGUAGCUCCAACAACGGGUGAUGAAGAGUCAAGACAUUCCGCAGCAUCAUUCCUUGGAAGGGAGGAAUUACAUUGCGAAAGGCAACACAAAAAAGCCAAAAAGAAAAAGAAGAAAAAGGAAAAAGAUAAAGACAGAGACAAACAUGAAAAGAAACAUAAACAUCAUCAUAAGGAGAAACGUAAGCGGCUUCGUGAUGAAUCAAGUCAGGAUGACAUCAGUAUGGGUGAAGAGUCACUUUCUGAUCCACCUCUUCCAAAGAGGGUAGUGGGGGAUGUCAGCAACUGUAAUCUGAAACCAAGUAUUGUAGGAGAAAUUAUACAAAACCACGGUAUGCCAGGAGAUGGUUUAUAUCAUCAUCAUUCAGGCCAAAUUCCUGUUGGUAUGGUUGGACUUUCUCGUGAGCCACGGUCAUGUGUGCUACGUCAGCGACAGGAGCGCUCACCUCUUCAAAAACUUUUGGAUUAUCUUCUGAAGGGUCUAGAGAAGAGGGAUCCACAACAGUUUUUUGCAUGGCCAGUCACAGAUCACAUAGCACCAGGUUACUCUCAGAUCAUUCACCAACCAAUGGACUUCAGCACAAUGAAACAGAAAAUUGAUGAAAAUCAGUAUUCAGCUCUUAAUGAAUAUAUUGAGGAUUUCAAAUUGAUGUGCAACAAUGCCAUGGUGUACAAUCAUCCAGACACAAUCUACUAUAAAGCUGCCAAGAGGCUUCUUCAUGUUGGGCUUAAAAUGAUGAGUCCUGAUAAGUUGAAGCCACUCCAUUCUGUUCUGACAUACAUGGGGGAGUUAACUUGCGAUGAGCUUGGAUUUGAUUUGGGCUUUGAGGAACUUGUUCAGGUACCUGGAGGUGUGAAGAUGGAAACACCAGAAGAUCAAACUGUCGGAGAAGAAGGGGAAGAGUCAUCGGAGCUCCGUAGGGAACACAGGAGAAAGCUGAAGGAAGCUAGUAGACCACUUGGGAAGUUUGAAGCUAUACCAGAUGACCUAACCCCAGAAGAAAUUCUCGAACAAGCACAGAGAGCAGCACAGGCAGCAACUGAAAGGCUGACUCUUAAGAGACCAAACACAAAUCUGGGAUUUUUGAGACAGCGUAAAGAUGGUAGUACAUCUUUAUCAGUUCUUGUUCCUGGGGAAGGUGUAACACCAGGGACCAACGAACGACCCAUUUCAUUAGGAAUGUUGACUGGAAAACUCACACAUGGAACAGGUCAACUGCAAGGGUUCAGGGAGGACAGGCGGAAUCUUGCUAAGACUGUUAAACCAUUGUAUUAUGGUGCUUUUGGCUCUUAUGCCCCCUCUUAUGAUUCCACUUUUGCCAAUUUAACAAAAGAAGAAUCAGAUCUAGUAUACCAAACUUAUGGAGAUGAAACAUGUGUGCAAUAUGCUGAAAGCAUUUUGGAUUUCUCCAAGGACUGUGAUUACACACUUACAAUGGUAGAUAAUUUGCUGGAUCUACUGACGGGUGGUGAGCAUCGCAAGACAAUGCGUAUAUUGGAGGAGAGGCGGAAAUUACGUGAGGAAGAGGAACAGAUUAGGCAAUUGCUAGAGGGGAAACCAAUUUCUGUGCAGUUAAUGUCAGAUGAAAAGAUACAUUCAUUGUCUUCUUUACCACCAGAUAUUAAAGUUGAUUUUGGGGCCUUGAAGGCACUUUCUGAUGUUGGAAUUGAUACGAAGUUCCUUGACGUUGUUGAGCAAGAAAUACAAGUGAGGGAGGAACAAAGAGUAGCAGAAGAAGCGAUGCAAGUCCGUCUGGAACAGACAUCUGUAUUGCUGCAAAAGUUACAACAAGUUCAGAGUGAUCGGCUAAGUCUUACUCCGCCAGCUCAUUUGUCCCAUGUUUCCCAGCCUUCUGAUAGUGAAGUUCAGCUUGCGGAGAAAAUCACAGAAAGCCUCAAAGAUAUGGCCAAAAAGGUGGAUCCUGUCAUUAUUGCCCCAGUUCCAUCUCUUAGGAAAGCCAUGGGAAUAUUACCUGGAACCUCGCCCCCUGCAUCUCCAGCUGAGGCUAUGGAUGCUGAGUCCUCACCUGUGGACAUUAGUCAUGAAGAUGGGGAACAGAGGCAGAACUUGACUCUUAAUACAUCUGAUGGCAUAACGUCAUCUUGUAACAAUGGAACACCAAACACUGCAACUGCAGAAAUGAGUGGCGUGCUUAAUGAGUCUGUGCCGAGUGAGCCUAUAGUAGAGGAGGUUGAUGUUGAAGGCACAUCCUCUCAAGCAGAAGCAGAGGAAGAAGCGGGGGAGGUAGGAGAAGUGCCAGAUCUUGAGUCUGAACUUCGGGAAUUUCUAGAAAGUGAACCUGCACUUAGCAAUUCACCACUGCAAGAUGACAGGACUAUAGAAGAGAUACUGUCAGAGUCAUAAAAAGAAUAAAUACAUUAUGUAACUCAUUCCAGGAUUUCCAGUGGUUUGUGUUUCAAAGCUUGAAUGGUGAAGCAAGAUCAUUUGGAAACAUCCUCUUCUUCUUCUUCUAUGGCUCUCUGGUCCGUAUUCAGUCCAUGGCCUCCUCAAUUCUCCUCUUCCGUUCGGUCCUCUGUUAGGUCCGUCUGUUUGAGGCUUUGUUUGUGGUUUCGAAACAUCUUCCUUUUUACUGUGCAAGGUUGUUAGCCUUGCGACCAACCCCCAACCUGGAGGACCAGGGUACCGGUCUUAGUCUGCCCUCUCCCCCUCGACAAAUCUGGCUAGGGAAGCCCUACCAGCAGCUAUGCUACCGCCAGCAUAGCUUUUGGGGUCACUGAGGUACUCAAGCCCCACGACCUCAACAAGGUGCAGGUACCAUUAAGUGGGGAUUUGGAAACAUACCAGUUGAUAUAAUCAUUUGAGGAUGUCCAGUUGGUAUGCUGGUUUGAACAGGGAAGCAGCUUGCCAUUUCUGGUCCACUGACUUAUUUUCUAAAAUAUUUGUUUCAUUUCAGUUUUCUACAUAAAAUUUAGCGGAGGGUACACUAUUACAUGGGAUUCAGUACUUUUCCACUGUAGUAGCUGCGAAUGAAUUGCAUGCUUCAAGGUCACAACAGAAUUUUGCAGUUUUGCAACAUGAAUAGUGAUGCCUAGGUGAGCGAAGGCAGCUCGGAACUAACACUGUAGCAACACUACUGGUGGCUUGGAGUGUGGGGGUCCUUCCAUGGCCUUGAAGUAUGCAGUUUGUUGGUGGCUAUGUGAAAACUGAUGAAUUUUAAAAAUUUCCAUGAAAAUGUUGAUGAAUUGAGCAGAUGUUGGGUUUUGGUUUAUUGUGUUGUUUUGAAAGGAAUUUUAACAUAUUAGUGGCACUUGCUGCCUCAAAAACUCUUAGAAGUAUCAGAAGUUGUUUCAGAAAUAACACUUUGCUGUAAAUAAGAGGACUAAUCAGUUAGUAUCCCCUCAGGGGCCCACAUUAGUAGGUGUGGGGUGUGGCACCCCUGAGCUACCUAGUGCCUGGAGGUAUAGCUGGGUCACCCUGUCUCUGGGGGCCAUAAACACAGGCCUGGUUCUCCAGGUUGGUGGUUGGGCUGGAAAACACUGUAUUGUUACAAAACCUCGAAUAGCCUCUGGGAACCGGGAUGAUUGGUGGUGUAAAAUCGAGAACCCAAGGCUUGAUUUGCCAUUGGAGAGAGAGAGAGAGAUUGAGAGAAUCAAUUAGUAUGGCAGAAGACAAUUUUGAAUUAUCUGAGGUUUGUUCAUGGGAAGAUAUCACAAAGUGCAUGUGAGAAAUGUGCUCAUUCUGUAUGGGUGGUAAAAAAGGUGCCACCUUUUCCCCAUAUUUGACGUUUCUCUGACAUAUUUUUACGUGGAAACAACAGAGCUCUAAUUGUUAGCAUUUAUUUAUCCUUUUUGUAAGGAAUUUAUUGUAAACUUUUUGCAUACAGUUUUUAAAAUUAUUGAUAUGUCACAUAUGCAUAUGACAUUCACAUGUUGAUUUAAUCACAAUUAAGCUAAUUCCUUUUUGUCUUAACCUCUCAGAAUAAGUGCAAUAACUGGAAACAGUAAAUGUCACUAUGGUGGAUUCAGUUUAUCAGAAUCACUUAUCAAAUUCCACAUUAUCAGCUGUUUUCUUUGAAUAUGAAUUUUAUGUCUGCUACCAGUUCUUACAUUAUUCUUGGCGACAGUCAUGGCAAAACUCCAUUAUGUUUAGUAGUAAACCCGAAGUUUUUGUUAUGUACCAUAUUGAGUAUUACACAAGAAUGUGCAAGUGCUCUUAAUGUUUUAUGAAAAUGUAUUUAAC